AUGUCGGCCUCAACUGCCACCACUGCUGCCUCGACCAUCUCCUCUGACGCUCCUCGCCCCGGGCGUCUGCGCCGCCUGAGCCAGCUCCGCGCGUAUACCCAGAAUCACCUCUCCUCAUCCACCCGGGGCUCCCAUCGCAACAGUCUCAGCAGUCGCGUGUCCUGGCGGUCCCCGACCUCCAACGCCGGUCCGGACUCCACGCCGUUGCACGGGGAGACCGCUGCGGGCCCAUGCCCCGACUCGGACCACCCAGCCCUGUCCCGCUACACGUCGGCUCCCACCUCCAGCUCCCGAGUCCUCGACCACGCCGGCCAAGCCUCCUCAACCGAUUCGGCACGAUCCACGCCUUCCAUUGACCCUGCGACGCAAACACCGCACGUCAUGGCACGGCUGAGGAGUGCUUCCGCCGUGCAAAGCCGGCCACCACCACCACGAGACCGGACGGCCAAUCCGGAGCCAUCCAGCUCAUCGCCCGAGCCCUCCAUGACGCAGGGCGAGUCGGCAGAGCCGACUGAUGCCGUGAUGGCCGAGGCGACCUCGCCGAAACCGAAGCAGAAGGCCACCAUCCGAUUUUUCCCUUACCAAGACUCUCUGCAAAACUCGAGGCCCUCGCUACCGUUUGUCCCCAUUACACGCACACUACCCUCCGAAAGCUGUGUGAUCAAGGUUGGUCGGUACUCCGAGCGAGAUGGCGUCCCUAUCCCCAACCCAGGCGAGCCCUCCGAUGCGCCCGUGGGCUUCAAAUCCAAGGUCGUCAGUCGGAAACACUGCGAGUUUAUGUAUGUCAAUGGUCAGUGGCACAUCAAGGAUGUUGGAAGCUCGUCGGGGACCUUUUUGAACCAUAUGCGUCUGAGCCAGCCGAAUAUGGUGUCGCGACUCUACACCAUCAAGGACGGCGAUAUUGUACAGCUGGGAAUCGACUUUCGCGGAGGGGAAGAGAUGAUAUUCCGGUGUGUGCGGAUCCGGAUUGAAUGCAAUCGGUCAUGGCAACAGCAGCCCAAUGAGUUCAACAAAAACACCGAAAGUCUGAUUAAGAACCUUGGCAAAGGUGAUACCGCGGACUACUCCGGUUGUCGCGAGUGUUCCAUCUGCCUCGGAUCUGUCCUGCGACCCUACCAGUGCCUGUUCAUGGCUGCCUGUGCCCACGUUUGGCAUUAUAAAUGUAUUAGUCGCUUGCUGCAUUCGCCGGAUUACCCCAUGUUCCAGUGUCCCAAUUGCCGUGCAUUCACGGAUCUGAGCGCAGAGGUUGACGAUUCCAAUGACCACGAUGGAAAAGACGAAGGGGAAAAAGGAUCAGCAGCGGUAGACCGAGACCAACCUCGAUCUGAGACCCAGUCGCCCGCAGACUUGCCAAACUCGACCGGCGAGCAAGGCAGCAAUUCCGAUGGAGCAGAACCACCCACCGAGGCAGAGAAUCUCCCGAUCUUGGAAGAAGGCGCAACACCGGUGACCGAAGUACCUGACAACCAGAGCUCGAGCUCUCCAGCCCCCGACUCAAGCAACGACGACCUCGCCCGCAGCGCGACCAUCAAUAUCCCCGGCUGGCAGCCAACCCAGCCGCUCAGCGUCCCUCCGGGGCGGCCCUCACAGCUUCGGUCCGAGACUCCCAUCCGCUCCGAAACGUCUGACGAUAAUCCAAUGACACCACGCAACGAUUCGGGGCCGCUCGCCUUCGAUGGACGAGCCGGGAUGCCAUGA